AGCCGCGCCCCGGCACAGGCGGCGAGCGGAGCGGAGCCGAGCGGAGCGCAGCGGGCGCAGCGCAGCGGGAUCGGCCGGCGAGGCGGCGGCGCGCGGUCGGCGGGGAGCGGAGGCGCUGUCCGUGAAGAAAAGUUUCUUAAAAGCAUGCUUCGUAUAUCAGGAGGAUGCAAAAAAAUCAGUACCACCACGUCUCUGUCAAGGAUGAGCUGCAGACACUUGUAUUGAGGGUGAUUUACCUCUUGCAUCAUGCGUGAAUACAAGCUAGUGGUUCUUGGUUCUGGAGGUGUUGGAAAGUCUGCUCUGACUGUACAGUUUGUUCAAGGAAUAUUUGUUGAAAAAUACGAUCCUACGAUAGAGGACUCCUACAGAAAGCAAGUUGAAGUAGAUGCACAACAGUGUAUGCUUGAAAUCUUAGAUACUGCAGGAACGGAACAGUUUACAGCAAUGAGAGAUCUAUACAUGAAAAAUGGACAAGGUUUUGCAUUAGUAUAUUCUAUCACAGCUCAGUCCACAUUUAAUGAUUUACAGGAUCUAAGAGAACAGAUUCUUCGAGUCAAAGACACUGAUGACGUGCCUAUGAUUCUGGUUGGCAAUAAGUGUGACUUGGAAGAUGAAAGAGUUGUGGGAAAGGAACAAGGUCAGAACCUAGCAAGGCAAUGGAAUAACUGUGCAUUCUUAGAGUCUUCUGCAAAAUCAAAGAUAAAUGUUAAUGAGAUCUUUUAUGACCUUGUGCGACAAAUUAACAGAAAAACUCCGGUGCCUGGAAAAGCACGCAAAAAGUCAUCGUGUCAGCUACUUUAAUGCAUAGCUGUACUGUAGCUCUGAGCCAGGUCUGAAGAACUGUUGCCCAAUUCAACAGUGCCAGCAUUCCAACUUUAUUAAACCUACCAACAUCUUAAAUGGACUUUCCUGUGGUGGUACCCUUUAAGAAAUGGAUGAAAGCUACAUCAGUUUGCACAUUCUAUCACUUUCCAGUGUCAUGAGAGAUUUUUACUUCUAAAUAUUCUGUGUAUGCAACUGGUAAAACCAGAGCCUACAUCCAGUAUUACUGAUAAGAGACAUUGUUCAUCCACCAAUGUUGUACAUGUAUGAAAACUGUGUACUGUAUACUUCAACAAUCCCCACUUUCUAUUGGAGAGUACAAUAAUGUAAAUCCUAAAAGCACCACUAUUUUAGCAUAAUAAAAGAAAGUCCAAAGAGCUCCUAUAUAGACUACUCCAGAUAACUUUGCUUCAUCGGUAUUUGUAGCUUAUUGUAACUUUUUUAAAGAAAUACAGGAUCAUCAUCAUCAUCGUAUUGUACAAAAGCGCUUUGAUUAACACAACGGCUAUAUAGUUUUUUAAUUUUAGGAAAAACCUGUGGAGACAGUGACCUAGUCUUUAAGAGUCCUUUCAGUAUAACGUCUGACUAAAGACAUGGCCUUUAAUAUCUGUUGGGAAGGAAAUGUCCAGACUUUUCAACCUUUUAUUGUAUGUUUCCUUUUCCUUGUUUACAUAGGGAACAAUGUUUAUAGUUGUGUGUACAGUGGGGGUCUACAACAAGAAGUGUAUAUUUUAAAACAAUUUUUUAAUGAUUUAACAAUUUUUUGUAAAUCAUUUUUGGGCUUCUGCAGCUGUAGAUUCUCACUGUGAAUUCCCUUGCUUGCUCAUGCAUAAGUGUAUUUGCAAUACCAAAUAUACAGGUUUAGUACUUUUGCCUGUUAGUGAUUGUUUUACAUGUGUAACGUUUUGGUUGAGAUGUUAAAUGGUGGAAGAGUACUGUGGAUGUGAAUGUGGGAAGUAAUUUUAAUCAUGUGUAAUUGGUCACAGGGCCUAAGUUGCAGUAAUUAACUUUUGCUGAUUUAUUUAACAAUGCCUUGUUGCUUUGUAUGCAUUAACGUUUGGGUGUAAAGAUUGUGUGUAUAUCCAACAGGGAGCCACAGUAUUUAAAUUGACCAACCUAAUGUUACAACUGCUUUGAGGUGGCCAAAUGUAAACUAAAAGCCUUAAUUAAAGUGGUGCAAUUUUGUAUGACUUAGCAUCAGUAGUUCAAUAAAUUUGGAUUGCCAUGCAAGGGCUUGCAUUACA